CAAAGAUAUACAAUGACCGUAGACAAACAUGUCUACAUGUUUAGAAUGACACAAAUAUAGUUACACAUUGUGCUGUGUACAGUAUACAAAUACACAUAAAUAUAUAACCACAAAAGACAUUGGUAGACGGUACUGACUAUUAUUAGAAUGAUUAUCUAUUGAAAGUUUAUCUACGUAAUCGGAUUAUUCAGAGUUUCAUUUCAAAAAUGCAAAAUUCAGUAGGGAAAAUUUCUACAAAUUGUACAUACAUAAUUUUGUUAAUAUUAUUAUUUAAUCUACAUAAUGGAUCAACUCAACUAAAUCCAUAUUUUCAAUUUAUACCACGAAAUGAAAAUUUACACAUUAAGACCUAUGAUUAUUCGAAUGGAUUUGAUGAAGAUCAUUUUACUUACGAGUUACAAUAUCCAAUCCCAAUAUAUGAAACGUUAAUUAAGAAAAUUAUCAUUUACAAAAAUGGCCUCCUAGCAUUAGACAGUAUUUCUGAAAAUAAUUUGCCACCAGCUUAUCCGGUCAAUACAAGUAUCACAAAUGAACGUUUGCAAGAUUUUGAUGGACGAUAUUUAAGUAUAUUCAGUUCAGUGAAUGAUGGCAAAAGUGGGAAAAUUCAUGUCACAGAAAUCGAUUUACUAUCAGCUGCGAAACUGCCAUGUAUAGAGAGCAUGCAAAUAGAUCGUCUAAUAAAGUUUAUGCAUUUAUCAUAUAUUGAGGAAGCUGAAUUAAAGGCUCAAUAUGUUGUACAUAUAUUGUGGGAAAAUAUGACCAAUGCUUAUCUAACCAAUCAGAAGUCUAACACUUAUGGAAUGACAAUCAUUUCUAAUGGAAUACGUUCUUAUGCAUUUAUGCAAUACAUACAAAUUGAAUGGAAUGAAAAUGAUGUUGCAGAGAAUCUGGCUUUACCACCUGAAUCUGGUAUAUUUAUGAGACCAUUAGGAGGUUAUCAGCUGCCAAGAAGUUCGCAAGCUGUAGAACCAAAUAUAUGGUCAACUGAAACUAAUGUUGCCUUACAUGGUGAAUGGCUUGUUCCUUUAUACAAAUCAGAAAGUAUAGCUAAAACAAAUGUUAAGAGUUUAAAUAAAGUUGCCAGUGAAUUCAUUGUAUCUAUGAAAAUUGCUUGCAACUAUUCACUCGAUACGGAUAACAAAACAAUGUCUGAUACAAUUGUUAUCAGUAAUGUAAACGUUGAAACUGCAUCGGAACAAUCGAAUGCUAGAACACAAAGUUUUAGAAGAGAUCUAGAAAAUUUUGAAAAUGUUAACCUUAACAUUUCAAAUAAUGAUUAUAAUUAUGAAAUGACUGAAAGUGUACCAAAAGCUGCAUGGAAUAUCCUACAAGAUGAAACUGAAUCGUCAGGUAUUGAUCCACUUAAUCAGAAUGAAAUGAAUAUUCUACCAGGGAAUGAAACUGGAAAUAACUUUGAUCAUGAAAGUUAUCAAUUUAAUGUUGAUAAUAAAGAACAUAUACCUGCAGACACAAUUACAACUCAAAGCUACUAUCCUAUGGGUUUGUAUGAUGGAGAUGAGAAAAGGCAGGCCGCCCACGAACCGCUUAUUGUACCAGUUACAAUACAUCCGCUGAGUGACGACGAUGAUGAUCUGGUCGAUGAUAACAGAGAAUACAGUUAUGCAAAUGAAACCAUUUCAAACAAUCUGGUGAAAUGUGAUGCUGUGACGGAGUGCAGUAGCCAUAAUACCGAAUGCUAUCGAAUUGACAAUUCUGCUUGCUGUGUAUGCAGUGAUGGAUUUUUCGGUGCAGGAAACGCCAAAUGUUGGUCUGAAGUCAAUGAUCAUAAAUUUUCUUUUUCUGGCUCACUGAAUGCACGCUUUGGUAGCGAGCAUACCAGUUCACCACUGCUAAUCUAUCUGGAUAUUCAACAUGGUUCACUAAGACGAAGUUCUAGUGGAAUUCGUGGUGGUCAGACAAACGACAGAAUAUAUUCAACCAUACGUCUAAUUACACCUGUUUUCCAUAUUUUAAAUGCAAUGAUUUCAAGUCCUUGUGAAAAUGCUCAAAAAAACGAACGUGUUUAUAAUCUUUUCACAUUAGGAAGUGGAUUACAACGUCCUUUCAAGCUGUUAUUCCAGUUUGAUAUUGAAAGAGUUGGGAAGUUUACAAUCGAAGCCGUACUUGAACUACAUGAUUUCACAACAGGAGAAUAUGCAAAUGGUGUAGUACAGUUGGAGGCGUUCAGCACGGAAAAUUUAAAUCUACUCGACCGGUCCUAUACUGAGGCUUAUAGUGCUUCUGAUAAACCAGAUAAAACAUAUUACGCUAAUUAUAAAAUUGAUGAUCUUGGCCGCAUUGUAUUUCCUGAACAAGUUGUUAAAUUCAUCGUUGAGCAUCGUGAUUCAAAUAAAAUAAGUAGUUUUCCUGAGGAAAUUAAUGUACAAUGGUCUGCUGUUGCUGAAUCAGACAGUUGCUUACUCAAACAAGUUAGCUCUGUACCUAAGAAUAAAUGGUAUUAUAUUCGGCUUAAAGAUCGUGGCUACUGUAGUGAGGACUGUUCAUCACCAGAUGGUGCAUGUAAUCUCUUCUGUGUCGAUGAACCUUUAUUGUUAGCUACAGAACCGAGUCCGUGUGACUGUGUCACGUGUGAUCGUCAUGGUGAAGUGUGUCAGCCAGAUGGAACGGGUUAUAGAUGUGAAUGUGGUGAAGGCUUAAAGCUAAUGUCUGAUAACACAUGUCAAGCCACUUCAGCAAUGGAUGUAAUCAACUAUCUCGGUGUCCAGUGUGGUUCGGUCAACUGUCAUGCUAAUGCUCGCUGUGUCGAUCCAAAUCAAGCGUUUUGUCAAUGUUUACCUGGCUAUAGAGGUGAUGGUGUUAGUCAUUGUGAAAAUGAUCCAUGUUCGAAAUGUCGUCGUAAUGAGAUCUGUGAAAACGGUAUAUGUAUACCAAGUGGUGUUGAUCUAUGCGACGGUGUUCAAUGUGGAGAACAAGCAUUCUGUCAAGAUGGUGCAUGCGUUUGUACACCAGGUUAUACUGGAGAUCCAGUUGUCAAGUGCUAUGAAGAAACAGAUCGAUGUUUUCAAGUGCGUUGUCAUCCAAAUGCUCAAUGUUACAAUGGCAGAUGUCAUUGUGUAGAGGGUUAUCAAGGUGAUGGGUAUUAUGAUUGUAAGCCUGAAGUCUACGAUCCAUGUAGUGAUGUCCGAUGUCACCAUUAUGGACAUUGUAUAAAUGGUAGCUGUCAGUGCCGUACUGGAUUUGAAGGAGAUGGCUACUAUGACUGCCGUCGUAUUCAAACAGAUCCUUGUAGUCGUGUGCAAUGUCAUUACGACGCCACAUGUCAUAAUGGUGUUUGCACAUGUAAAAAUGGUUAUAUCGGUGAUGGUUAUCGAGAAUGCCGACCACGAGAAUCUGAUUUAUGCUAUCGCAUUCAAUGUCAUCCAUAUGCACAGUGUGAUAAUGGACAGUGUCAUUGUACUGAAGGUUAUGAUGGUGAUGGGUAUUAUGAUUGUCAUAAAAGAGAUCCUUGUACUGGUGUUAAAUGUCAUCAGUAUGGAGAAUGCAUCAGUGGACGAUGCCACUGUCUCAAAGGAUAUGAAGGUGACGGGUAUUAUAAUUGUAAACAAGUAGUCAAUGAUCCAUGUUCAAAUGUUCGAUGUCAUCCUAAUGGUUAUUGUAAAAAUGGACGAUGUUUAUGUUUAAAUGGUUAUGAAGGGGAUGGCUAUUAUGAAUGUCGUCCAUUUUAUAAUGACCCUUGUAUAGGAGUACAGUGUCAUUCUAAAGCAGAAUGUCAAAAUGGUUAUUGUCGUUGCCUAAACGGCUACGAAGGAGAUGGUUUUCACUAUUGCUAUGCAAUGCAAGAUGAUCCAUGUUCUGGUAUGAGAUGUCAUAUAAACGCUAAAUGCUUUAACGGCGAAUGCCGAUGUUUGGAUGGCUAUCAAGGAGAUGGGAAAUAUUAUUGUGAUCCUAUUCAGCAGGAUCCGUGUCAAAAUAUUCGAUGUCAUGAGUUUGCGAACUGUCAAAAUGGUAGAUGUCAGUGUAAUGCAGGUUAUGAAGGAGAUGGUUACUGGGAAUGUAAAUCCAUAAAAAGUGACCUAUGUCGAAAUGUUCGAUGUCAUGAAAAGGCCGAAUGCAAUGCAGACGGUAAAUGUCAGUGUCUUGAUGGUUAUUGGGGAGAUGGAUAUUAUGAGUGCCAAAAAAAUUCACAAGAAUUAUGCGCAGGUGUUCAAUGUCAUCGUUUUGGUCAAUGUUAUGAAAAUCGAUGCUAUUGUAGUCAUGGCUACGUUGGAGACGGGGUAAACUUUUGUGAUGCACGUACAAAUGACCCAUGUGACGGAGUUCGUUGUGCUGCUAAUGGUCGUUGCCAAGAUGGUCGAUGUGUAUGUGAUCAUGGAUUCACAGGAGACGGCUACAACGAAUGCCGAGUAGCCGAGGGUGUCAGUUUGUGUGGUAACGUACAAUGCCAUCAAUAUGCCACAUGUGAAAGAGGACAAUGCCGUUGUAUCGCUGGUUAUGAUGGUGAUGGUUAUUCAGACUGUCGACCACUUACAGAAGAUAAGUGUGCACAAGUAAGAUGCCAUCCAAAUGCUCAGUGUAUUGAUGGAUACUGUUCAUGUUAUACUGGUUUCGAGGGUGAUGGAUACUACGAAUGUAAACGAAUCACUCAAGAUCGUUGUGCGAAUGUUCAGUGUCAUGAAAAAGCUAAAUGUGACGACGGAUAUUGUCGUUGUACAGAAGGAUUUGAGGGUGAUGGCUACAGGGAGUGUAGACGUAUAAGUGAAGGUGAGUAA